UUGUUGCUGUUUCCCUAGUUUCUGUUGUAAAAAUUUAUUUCAAUUAGUUUCCUUUUCAGACGUUUGGUCGUAAACAAGAUGAUUUGUCAAAAAUCCUUGCUUUUCACUGCUCACCUUAUCUUCAUAUUUCUGUUAGUUAAUGUUUUAACGAAAGUCUUCCCUUUUUUCUCAUUAUGUUAUUAUUCACGAUUCGUGAAUUGGAUUGUCAGUUUAUUCAUUGCAAGACACACAUUUCGCUAUACGAAAAAAAGAUAUCUGAACGAUACAGUGUCAUCUCAAGGGAAAACCGUUCUCAUCACCGGUUGUGAUACUGGAUUUGGGCACAUGCUUGCAAAACACCUGGAUUCAAAAGGAUUCAAAGUAAUCGCUUGCUGUCUUUUUCCAAACAAUAAUGGAGCCAAAGAGCUCGAGAAAUCUUGUUCAGAGCGUCUGAAAGUCGUUGGAUUAGAUGUAACGAAAGAUGAAAGCGUGGCUCAGGUGAAGGAAUUUGUUUUGAAGAAUUUAGGCGAUUCUGAGUUGUGGGCGAUCGUCAACAAUGCUGGCAUUCUGAAGGGAGUCACCAUAGAACUGACGAGUCUUCGUGAUUUCAAGGAUUCACUCGAAGUCAAUGCUUUGGGUUUGGUGAGAGUCACUCAAGCUUUCUUACCUUUACUGAGAAGAUCCAAAGGCAGAGUUGUAAACAUUACAAGUGCAGCUGGAAGGAAUUUAAUAAUAUUUAUGGGGUCUUAUUACAUGAGCAAGCAUGCUGCUGUUGCGUUCAAUGACUGCCUUCGAAGGGAAAUGGAAGUGUGGGGUAUUCGAGUCAUCUCGAUUGAGCCAGAUUUCUUCGGGACCCCUCUGAUUGAUGAAGAUGCUGUCAAUAAGGGAGUUGACGAAACAUUUUCGACGCUUUCUGAUGACGUCAUAUCCGAUUACGGAGAACGCUAUCUACAAGGAUUCAAGGAGACGAAUAAAUAUUUCUUCAUGUUUGCUAACUCGAUACCGAAGGAAGUAAUUGACGCUUUGGACAGUGCAAUCACUCUAAAGUAUCCAGACAAUGUCUACGAACCACGAGCUAGUCUUUUAACUACUAUCAUUGGAUUUAUUUACUGUAGGAUUUCUCUCGAAAUGCAAGAUUUUGUUGUGAGAUUUUUUCGCAUCAUUUUGCGUUUUCCAAAACCUAAAACUUCUUAGAUAUUGCAAUUGUAUUUUAGAACAAAAUGCUGUUUUAUUGAAGCAUAUACCAACUAACCAUCUACCUGUCUUCAUAUAUCAACCAAUUACUGACCUUUCUUCAUUCUGCAGGAUGUACUACAUUUUUUUAAAUUAAAUUUUCUUUAUACAAAGCAUUCAAUUUCAGUUGAAAACAUGACUUCCAGAUGAACUACCCGAAAUAGAGUGUUUACUCUUCUUGUGUACAGCCGACCACCCCGCCACCACUGAACGAGGCAGUAUUGACAGAAUUUGUUGUGGCCGACAUGAUGUCCUUAAUAUAAUCCAUCCAUAUUACCGACAAAUUCUUCGAACUGGCAUCCUCUUCGAGGAGGUUAGCCCUGUGCCACAAGUGGUCAACCUGUUUUACGAGGAGCAGAUCAACACUUUGAGAAAAUCUUCUCCAAAUUCUCCGUAUUCCUUCAAAUGUGCGUCCCACAAUAGAAGAAAGGCAAACACUUUUAAACUUUGAAUUUUUAUCAUUUUUCAACAUCAUAUCUAGAGUGUUUACACUGACAGCCAAAUGACCAAUCUAAAAUAUUUUCUAAACUAAAAUCCAAAAUUUCUGAGGUAAGCAUCAUAUUUGAUACAUACUGAAAAUGAAUCAUCUGGAAAGUGCUGCCAUCCAGAAUAGGGAGACUAAAUCACCUUUAAACUAUUUCUUAAAAAGGAAAAUUAUUUAUCAUUUAUUUUUAACUUUAAAUCUAUUUUCAAGUUGAAUGCAUUAGUUUGUAGAUCCACUUUUUGAAGGUGGCUCUGUGAACCGAAGAACCAAUUUACGAUUUUCUUUUAAUUGAUCUAGGCAUCAUAUUUAAUGCAAUUGGAAAAUGAAUGACCAGUCAAAUGCUUUCAUCUAAUUUAAUGCAUUUGAAUCAUUCUUGAAUCUUUUGAAUGAAAGAAAACUUGUGUCUCAAUUUAAAAGGAUGUCUAAUUUAAUGUAUCAAAAACCAAUCUUUCGUUCAGUCUCUUUUUUAGUCAGUCAAAUCGAUCGAAUCAAAGGAAUGCUUGCGCACUUACCAUGCUUGAGUGAGCAAGCAUGGUAAUAAUUUUACUAAAAGGAACCAACUAACAAGGACAUUCUUGAACUAUUUACAGGAUUUAAUGAAAAUGGAACUGUUUUUGUUAAUGGCUAUGAUGAAGAGAUCAACAGCUAAAAAAAAAGUUUUUUUUUCCCACCACAUUCAACGUCGAUUAAUUUAUUUUGCUUUGAUUUGUAAAUCACAUGGAUGCGGAUAUUUAAAAUUUAAGACAUGGAAGAGUUCAACAGAACUUGGAACUGGAACAUGUAUUCAAUGAGAAAUAAUAACAUUUGCAAAUGUUCAAAUAUGUUCAAUGUAUGAUCUCUGAUGAGAUUUAAAAAUUUUUAAAAGUUCAUGAUGUAGAUAUCUUAUUUA